UUCCGUUGCCCCUGUGUUUCUGUGAGAAAGUGGUUUAUGCGAGAUGAUAUGAAAGGUUGCUUGCUUAGUCUUCGUGCACUUAAAAUGAUGACUACUGUUUCAUCGCGAAAGAGCGGGGUAGAUAGUAGAGCUGGCAUCUACUUUCUGUUCUGUAGGACUGUUAAUUUUUUAUAUAUGCUUGAACAAGUCCCGCAAGAACAGUGAAGCCUGGUGCUUUGACAUAGGCUACUCCACAGAAGGCUACAUAUGUAUUCUGAAGCAGGGAUUCAGAUCGCAGUUCAAGUUGAGUUGAGCAAACCACGGUAGCUUGUAUAGAUAGAUAGCUGUAUUAAAUCAGUCAGAGGUUUUGUACGUUGGACAUUCGUCCAUGUCCUCGCUUUCUGAUCAUCCGGAAAGAAAGAUAUAAGCUUGUCAUUUGACAUCGAAGUCAGACAAUGUACAAUACAGUGUGGAAUACGGAGAAAGAAGACAAUGACUGGCGAGACGUGAUGAUGCCAUACUCAACAGAAUUAAUCUUUUACAUUGAAAUGGACCAACCACCAGCUCUUCCUCCUAAGCCGGCCAAGCCCAUGACGCCGGUGAGCAGUAACGGGGUGAAAGAGGGGACCAGCCAGUCUCUACAGGAGGCCGAGUGGUACUGGGGAGACAUAUCAAGGGAAGAGGUAAACGAUAAGCUGAGAGACAUGCCAGACGGGACCUUCCUGGUGCGGGACGCCUCCACUAAGAUGCAGGGUGACUACACUCUAACACUGAGGAAAGGUGGGAACAACAAGCUCAUAAAGAUCUACCACCGGGAUGGGAAGUACGGCUUCUCGGACCCCCUGACCUUCGGCUCAGUGGUGGAGCUCAUCAGCCACUACAGACACGAGUCCCUGGCUCAGUACAACACCAAACUAGAUGUCAAGCUCAUGUACCCCAUCUCCAGAUUCCAGCAGGACCAGCUGGUGAAAGAGGACAACAUUGACGCUGUGGGGAAGAAACUGCAGGAGUAUCACAAUCAGUAUCAGGAGAAAAGUAAAGAGUACGACCGGCUUUAUGAGGAGUACACGAAAACCUCGCAGGAGAUUCAGAUGAAGCGGACGGCCAUCGAGGCCUUCAACGAGACCAUCAAGAUCUUCGAGGAGCAGUGCCACACACAGGAGCGCUACAGCAAAGAGUACAUCGAGCGCUUCCGCCGAGAGGGCAACGACAAAGAGAUUGAGCGGAUCAUGAUGAACUAUGAGAAGCUGAAGUCUCGGCUGGGGGAGAUCCACGACAGCAAGGUCCGGCUGGAGCAGGACCUGAAGACCCAGGCCAUGGACAACCGUGAGACGGACAAGAAGAUGAACAGCCUGAAACCAGACCUUAUACAGCUGCGCAAGAUCAGGGACCAGUACCUUGUCUGGCUCAAUCACAAAGGCGUGCGUCAGAAACGAAUUAACGAUUGGCUGGGGAUCAAGAAUGAGAACACAGACGAUGCCUACUUUGUGAGCGAAGAGGAUGAGAAUCUGCCCCAUUACGACGAGAAGAGUUGGUUUGUGGGGGACCUGAACCGCACGCAGUCGGAGGAUCUGUUACUGGGGAAACCCGAGGGGGCCUUCCUGAUCCGCGAGAGCAGCAAGAAGGGCUGCUACGCCUGCUCUGUCGUUGUGGACGGCGAGGUGAAGCACUGUGUGAUCUACAGCACGCCGCGGGGGUACGGUUUCGCCGAGCCCUACAACCUGUACAGCAGUCUGAAGGAGCUGGUGCUCCACUACCACCAGACGUCUCUGGUCCAGCACAACGACUCGCUCAACGUGCGCCUCGCCUACCCUGUGUACGCACAGAUGCCCUCCACGACGACGACGCAGCAGCAGCGCAGAUGAAGCCUCUCCCUCCUCCCCAGACCUACACCCCCACCCCCACCCC